AUUGGGGAAACGCUUCCGAAGGAUAUGUUAGAGCUGAUUUCGAAAUAUCUAAAAUCUUCCUUUGAUCUCUUCCAGUUCCGUUGCGUAUGCUCUUCAUGGCGAAACGCCGCGAAACCCAAACCCCUUCUCCCGUCACAUGACUUUCCCGACAGCGUCUUCCUUGAUCCCUCUUUCUCACAGAGGAUUAUCUUACUUAUCAAGCCUCAUCAUGAACAGGCUGAGGAGGAUUCGAUUGGUGGAUGGCUGGUCAAAGUCGGGCAACAUCCUCUUGAUCCUCGUAAGUUGCAUCUCAUCCAUCCGCUUACUGAUGAUCCAGACACAAGUUCCUUUCCUCGAGAUUUCAAUUGCCUUGUUGAUAUGACUAAAUUCAAGGCUCGUGAAUUGGGUCGUGAAUUCGUGCUCGAUUGCGUCUAUGACCUUAAAGAACCUCAGAAAACUCUUGUCAAGUAUCUAGAUGAUAGUGAUGGUGUGGAGUCUAAGUUUGUGUUGCUUACGAUUCACAAGUCUGGCAAGUUACUUGUGUUUACUUCUUGGGAUGAGGAGUGGUCUCUGAUCAACGACGACAUGAUCCCUUCUUGUUAUUUUUGCGAUGUGAUUUUGUUCAAUGGAUGCUUCUUUGCCGUCGAGAAUAAUGGGAGGACUUUCGCUGUAGAUCACUCUUCUCUGAGAUUGACAUUGGCAGCAAAUCCUGUGUUUGGUGGCGGUGACAAGAAGUUUCUGAUUGAAUCCUCUGGUCAUAUGUUGUUGGUUGAUAUGAUAAACAGGGAACUUGAUUUGGAUGACCUUUGGGACUUGGAGGAAUUUGAUAUCGAGGAUCACGCUUAUGACAUUAUAGAUCAUAGUAUAACCGACAAGAUUAUAGUCUUUAAACUUGUGGAAAGAGAGAAGAGUUGGGUUGAGGUUAAGGAUCUUGGGGAUAAAAUGUUGUUCCUUGGUGAUGGUUUCUCAUUCUCUACUUCAGCUUCUGAUUUUUCACCUCUCUAUGGAGGAAGUGUCUUCUUCCACGGUUUCGUCUUUGAUUGGGAAGACUUGGACACCCUAGAUGAUGAAGAUGUGGGAGUGUGUGAAUUUAAGUCUGGCGAAAUAAAGCUGGUGCGCCAACACCCUGAAUAUGCCAAGCUGUUCUGGCCUCCGCCUUCCUGGUUUACUGAUAGCAUACCACAUGAGAACUGAGGCCAAGUGUUGGACUAGUGCUAGUAAGAAGGUCAACUCGUCAAAGCUUUCAAAACAACAAGUAUUUGGAUUAGUGAAAGAAGUCAAUACUUUUUAAAUUCAUUUUUGUAUCCUAAGUUACAUCAUCGAUGUUUUGAGUUUAGUCACUUGUGUGGAAUAGUAAUUCUAUAACUCUAGAGUGACCUUCAUCUUGAUCAUGAUGUGAUGACCAAUUUAUUUCCUGGAGUGCGUUUGUA